CAGGCCUCCAGCUGCCCCGAACUGCUCCUCCACACACAAGUGAGGCUCUCGCGCCCCCAGCUGGCAGACGUCGGCGUCGACUAGUGGACCCAUCGUCAUGGACAACGAACCCGGCGACGAGUACACAAGGCGCAUUGCGACGUACAUCAGGACGCACGAGCAGGGACUCGCUGCAGCUGCCAUCCCCCGGAGACGACGCGGCAAGCCCGCAGCAGCAGAGCCCUCUGUCUUUAAUCCUCUCGGCUGGUUCGCGUCCGACAAUGCUGCUCCCUCCACCGCAAAGCCUGUCAUACUGUCAUUCGACAUCCACCAUCUAUUCUACCUCCUGAUGCGUCUCGAAGCGCUGGGGAUAGAUGUAGGAUCCCUGGACGUUCAGGUCGACAGCCCGUCACGACCCAUGAACUAUAUCAAUAUCUUCCCCAGUUCUGACAAGUCAGACGCCCUCUCCCUCAUGUCCUUCCGCUCAUCGCUCUCUGUUGUCUCCAAGCUGUCUCUCGGGGCAGGCUGGUUCCGUACGCCGCCGCCAACUUUGGACGCGGAGCUGAAGUACAUCUACAGUAGCUUCACGAAGCUGCCCGCGCUGUCACUUCGCGCGCCAGAAGCGAAGCUCAUCGCCGAGCUCGCCACGGAGGCUCCGAACGAGAACGCGCUGCCUAUGGACGCCUUCAAGUGUCUGCAGACGCUGCAGUGCAUCGACAUCGAUCCAAGGACGUUGCUCGGCUGGGACCGGUUGGCGGAGAGUCUAUUGAGCCUGUCGAUCAAGAACAGCGGUUUGGAGGAUGUAUCGGACAUAUUCAUCGGUGCAGUGCUGGAUGACCAGGCUAGGAGAGAAGGGCGGGUGAAGGACUCAAGGACCAGGAGACUACCGAGGAGCCUUUCACGUCCACAGUCGUUCUAUGGCGGCUCUCGGCUACCCGAGUCAGUUCCGGAGGACGCAGAGGAAGAGGAAGAUGGUUCACCGCAGUCUACCACUCAGCCCAUCGAACUGCCUUCGCUGAAGUGGGCGUUCCUACGGCACCUAUCUCUCGCGGACAACGCACUUACCUUCCUGCCGACGUCUCCCCUCCCCUACCUUACCUCGCUAACUCACCUAGACCUAUCAUCCAAUCUGCUUGUGUCCGUUCCUCCCGGCCUCCAAUCGUUAUAUAACCUCACAUCCCUGAACUUAUCCGACAACAUGAUCGACUCUGUGCUGGGCAUUUACACCGUGCUCGGUCAAGUGUUGUACCUCAAUCUGUCGAAGAACAGGCUCGAAUCGAUAUGCGGCCUCGAGCGAUUACUCGCGCUCGAGCGGGUGGACCUGCGCCACAACAUCAUCGAGGAGAGCGCGGAAGUCGGGCGAUUGGCAGCCCUUCCAAACAUCACCGAGGUUUGGAUCGAAGGCAAUCCGUUCACGGAAAUCGAGGAGGGCUACAGGAUCCGGUGCUUCGACCACUUUACCAAGGAGGGGAAGAGCGUCCUCCUGGACGGGGCAUCGCCGAGCUUCUACGAGAAGAUGUACUUGACGUCGCCGCCGUCACAGCAGAUGACCUCCUCGCGACCGCCAUCUGUCGCAUAUACCCCUCCAGUCGUGGCGGUGGGCAGCCCUGUUCGGAACGGUGCCUCUCCGAUGACUGCCAGCCCACAGCAAGGCCCUUCAUCACAUUCUUCCCCUCCGUCCAAUGGGGCAUCGCCGCACAUUGCUGCGGUGAACGCAAGGGGACGCCGCAAGAAGAACAAGAGGAUCGUUGACCUCGAUGGAGAUCACAGCAUGAGCGAUGCUGGCAGCUCUAGGACCGCUUCACAGGCCCGUGUAGGCUCAGAGGUUGGAGGACGCGCAGACAAGACACGGAGUCCUAAAUCAGCGAAGGCGCCACUACCCUCAGCCCCAGAGCCAUCUGCUCCAGCUGGACCCAGAGUGGGCGGCGAUCUGUCGAUAUAUCCGGCUGCGGCCCCCGUUGCCCCUGCUGUUGUCCGUCCAACACCCAAGACGCGGCAUAGCCGAAAUCACACGGAGCAUGCUCCGUCGUCCUUCGCGACGUCGGAUGACACAGACAACGCUCUGCAGCGAGGGGGAUCUCUACGCAAGGCUGGUACGAUGUCGCGCUCGGCCAAGCGGCGCUCGCGCGUCUCCGCGUCGAUGUAUCAGCCUGCGGCGGACAGCGCAGAGGAGGCGGGCCAGUUCAAGGAGGCAGAUGCGUUCCGGGCUCGAAUAGAGGCACUCCGGUCUGAUAUGGGUGACGGAUGGCUGAAGGUGUUCAAUCAGUCGCAACUCAGCUCGCCGCCACCGACCGGGGUCCCCUCUGGAUAGCACUGGCAGUAUUUUUUGUCGGUCUUGUACCAUACCUCGACUUCUAGGAUAUCGUGUACUAUUUUAUGCUCUCUGUAUAGGUGCUUAUAAUGAUGAUUUUGCAUGCUGAAA